UUAUAAUUAUAAUAUUUUAUAAUAUUGUACAGUGUCCAUGCUAAUUUAAAUUAUUGCACUUCAAAAGAAAGCUCGUUAUCGAAUAACCUCUCUAGCUCUGUGACGAACACGAGAGCGACGCGAUGACGUCAAAGCCAUCGAAUUUUCUGAGCGCUUCGAACGUCAGGCGGUUCAAAGAGGAGCAAAGAUGGCGGACAACAAAGGCCAAGACUGUACGGAAAGCUCCGCCAACAUGGAGGUAGAAGCUCCGGCAGGUGGAGAAAAUGGAGACGGCGGCACGAAGGAGCAAGACGCGGUCAUUUUAAUCGACGCGGACCAUAAAAACGAAGGGAACGAGCUCAAACCUCAGGAGACCGUCUCCCAAGCGCUAACGACAUCCAGUACUAGCAACAGCUGCAGCGGAGCUCCAGACGAGACCCCGAAUGCCGAGAGCAAUGAGCCGCCGCCGCUACCACCACCACCACCACCACCGCCGCCGCCGCCGCCACCGCCACCUUCGUCCUCCUCUUCCUCUUCCUCAGCGGAGAGCACCACAGCUGGCGCAUCACCCGCUCUCACCACCGAGAUGUCGCCGCCUCCGCCAGCACCACCACCACCAGCAGCAGCAUCUUCUUCCUCAACCCCUGCCGCCCCGAUAAACCUGCUGGAUACGUGCGCUGUAUGUAAACAGAGUCUCCAGAACCGCGAGUGUGAGCCCAAACUCCUGCCCUGUCUGCAUUCAUUCUGUCUGAAGUGUAUCCCGCAGCCGGAGCGAAAGAUCACCGUCCCUGUGCAGGGCCCUCAUGGACAGGACACUCAUAUUGUGAACGUCAUGCGUUGUAUGGUGUGUCUCCAGGAGUACAAACAGACUGACAUAGUGGACAAUUACUUUGUCAAGGAUACAUCAGAGGCCACGAGCACUUCAGUGGAGAAUGCUACACAGGUCUGCACCAGCUGUGAAGACAAUGCCACUGCUGUUGGAUUCUGUGUAGAAUGUGGGGAGUGGCUUUGUAAAACGUGCAUUGAAGCACAUCAAAGGGUCAAGUUCACCAAGGACCAUAAAAUACGCAAAAAAGAGGAAGUGUCUUCUGAGUCGGUCGGGACGUCAGGCCAGAAACCCGUCUUCUGUCCGGUGCACAAACAAGAGGCCCUGAAGCUCUUCUGUGAGACAUGUGACACUUUAACCUGCAGAGACUGUCAACUGUUGGAACAUAAAGAGCACAGGUACCAGUUUCUAGAGGAAGCUUUUGAAAACCAGAAAGGCAUCAUAGAAACAUUCAUGGCUAAGUUGCAAGAGAAGAGAAACUUUGUGGAAUUCUCUGCAUCUCAGGUUCAAAACAGAAUCAGAGAAGUUGCUGAGACGCAUAAGAAGGUAGAACAUGAAAUAAAGAUUGCAGUCUUUACUCUCAUCAAUGAAAUCAACAAGAAGGGCAAAGCUCUACUGCAGCAGCUGGAGAGUGUGACCAAAGAGAGAAGUGUGAAGUUGAUCCACCAGCAGAGGGACAUCGGAAUUCUGGCCCAGCAGAUCAUCCAUGUGCUCAACUUCACCAACUGGGCCAUCAGCAAUGGCAGCAGCACAGCCCUGCUCUACAGCAAGAGACUGAUCACAUACCAGCUACGGUUCAUUAUGAAGGCCCGUGUGGACCCAGUACCUCAAAGUAAUGGAGCAGUCCGAUUCUUCUGCGACCCCACCUUCUGGGCCAAGAAUGUGGUUAACCUCGGCAAUCUAGUUAUUGAGAAAGUAUCACAUACUGCUCCUCCAACCAACAUGAUGGUUGGUCAGCAGAUCUCUCCCAGUCACAAUCACCCAGGUAAGCACUCGGGACAGAUCAACUUGGCCCAGCUGAGGCUGCAACACAUGCAGCAGGCUGCCAUCGCUCAGAAGCAACAUCAUCAUCAUCAACAACAGCAGCAGCAGCAGCAACAGCAACAUCAGCAACAGAUUCAGCAACAGAUGCGCAUUGCCUCACAGAUGUCACAGCAUCCAAGACAGGGAGGACCACCACAGAUGAUACAGCAACCGCCUCCGAGGCUCAUCAGUAUGCAGGCCCUCCAGAGGGGCGGGGUUAAUGGCUCCUCCCACAUGUAUCCGCCUCAUCACAUACGCAUGGUGUCAGGGCAGAACCGCAUGCCCUCAGCGCAGCCCCGACUCAACGGCCAGCCAUACCCCAUGAUGCAGCCUCAACUUCAGAGACAGCACUCCAACCCUGGGCAUGCCGGGCCCUUCCCUGUGGCAACAUUACACAACGUUAGUGCUGCCAACCCCACCAGUCCCACCAGUGCCAGCAUGGCGAGUGCCCUCAUUCACCGCAGUCCCACCAGCCCUAUCGUGGGCCCCAUAGAGCUCAUACCGUCAGUCACCAACCCAGAGAACCUUCCCUGCCUGCCCGACAUCCCUCCCAUUCAGCUUGAAGAUGCCGGUUCAAGUAUGUUGGAUAACCUCUUGAGUCGAUAUAUUGCUGCUAGUUCAUAUCCCCCUGUUGGCCCCACCAGCAGUUUAAAUCCCUCACCAGGACCCUCAACACAUUCCCCAGGAUCAUCAGGUUUAUCUAAUUCUCACACGCCAGCUCGUCCAUCUAGCACUUCAAGCACGGGCAGUCGGGGCAGUUGUGGUUCGGCUGGUAGACUUGGGAUGGGGAACAUGACCGUGGACCAGGUGAAGGUCAAACAGGAACCAGGAGUGGAGGAAGAAUGUAGCUAUUCUGGAGCAAAUGUCAAAACAGAGCGCAGCAAAGAUGGCAGACGGAGUGCUUGCAUGAUGAGCAGCCCAGAAGGAAGCUUAACCCCUCCUCUUCCCAUUCUCGGCUCUGUGUCAACUGGUUCUGUCCAGGAUAUUUUAAGAACACUUGGUGAGAAUGUUAAAUCCGAACCACAGAGUGGGCAGCUUUCAUCCUGCACAAACCCCAACUCUAGCACACCUCUUAUCAAUGGGAAUGGAAUUCAGAUAAAGUCUUUGCUUUCACAUCGGGUGAGCACUGCCAAUUCCCAGGCCACUGCUAGCCAGACCAGUGCGGGAAAGGAAGAUGACCCGAAUGAGGACUGGUGUGCAGUGUGUCAGAAUGGAGGAAGGCUACUAUGCUGUGAUCGCUGUCCUAAAGUCUUCCAUGAAGAAUGCCAUAUCCCAAUGCUCAAAAGUUUGCCCAGUGGAGAUUGGAUGUGCACGUUGUGCCGUAGUCUCACAAACCCAGAGAUGGAAUACGACUGUGAUGACGAUCCGCGCAGUAAGAAGGACAAGAGCGAGACAGGAAUGAGUCCAGAAGACCAACGACGCUGUGAGCGUCUGCUGCUGUUUAUGUACUGUCAUGAGCUGAGUAUUGCAUUUAGAGAGCCUGUUUCCACAUCGGUACCCAAUUACUACAAAAUAAUUAAGCAUCCAAUGGACUUGAAACUGAUAAAGAAGAAACUGGAGCUAAAACAUCCUCUGCAUUACAAGAGCCCCAAAGAGUUUGUGUCCGAUGUGCGUCUGGUCUUCAGCAAUUGUGCCAAAUACAAUGAGAUGUCUCGAAUAAUCCAGGUUUAUGAUGAGGACAUAAAGAAUAAUGUUCAGGCCGACUCAGAAGUAGCAGAGGCCGGAAAAGCAGUGAGCAUGUACUUUGAUGAAAAGCUGCUGGAGAUCUUUCCAGACCAAACAUUCCCAGUAGCCAUGGAGGAGUUACAACCCGAGGACUAUAAGGAGGAUACGGAGGACUCUGAUGAUGACGUUGUACCACCGAAACGCAAACGUUUAAAAGUAGACCCUGAGAAACUGAUGCAUAUAAAGUGAAGAAAAUGAGUGAACUGAAUGGAUUCUUCUCUGAAUUUGGAUUCUUCAAUGAAAUAAAUGUGUCUUCCUUAAGAGCGCCGUCUUAUUCUGCUCUACGAUGGGUCAGAUAAUGCUGGAACUGUUGAAAUACAGAUGUUUAGUGUAUUUCAUGUUCUCCCCACCCUGGCGAUCCAUUAUACCUGCUCCAGAUGAACUUUAAAACUUGCAUUGUGGAUGUUUGGAGUUCGAAGGGUGAGGAAUUUUCUCUCCAGGGGGAAAAUAUUGGGUGUCAGCAAAGACACUUGUACAGAUUUAAACAGAUUUUUGUUUUGGUCUGAUUCAGUUAAUAACAUGCUUCUUUUUGCAUUUUCUUCUUAAAACUAUCUGUUGUUAUUAUUAUAUUUGUAAAUCUAUUGUGAAUGAUACUUUAUAAAUGAUACACUCAUCUCUUCCAUUGUAUGAUAAAGUUUAAACAUAUAUGGCCCACCUUCUGCCUUUGCAUGUGUGUUCUGUUGCUCUUCCUACUGAUAAUUCAGAUCUUUUAAAGAGGAGAAAUUUUGAUCAUUAUUUUCAAUAAAACAGUCACCCAGAAAAACAUUCAUGAAGCAAAACUGAUCUAUCAAGUAAAGCAGUGAGUAAAGACAUUGAUUAACAAUUAAGACAUUUUGCAUUCAUUAAUUUGUUUUUACAUAAACUGCAGCAACACAAAAGUUGCAUUUGGAAUUAUAUUAAAUAUUGUGUAAAUGGUUAACUUAAGACCCAUUCUGUAUUAUAAAUGUUUUCCACAUUUUAGAAUAAUAGUACAAUCAUCAACAUUAUGGAAAAACACAAAUGGAUGUAUAGGAAUUACGUAGUAACCAAAAAAUGUUACAUUUAAAAAUAUUUUAUAUUUCGGCUUUUUUAAAGUAGCCACCCUUUGCUUAUUUUACAGCUCUGCACUGUCUGGGCAUUCACUUGACCAACAGUAUUGGAAUUUUCAUGUAUACUGGACUCUUUUUUUUUUUUUUUUUUUUUUUUCUCUUCACUAUCUGGUCCAACUCAUC